CGGCCCUCGGUAGCGCCCCAGCGUCCCGGUGCGCCUGCGCGGCAGGGCAGGGCCAGUCUGGCUCCACAGCGCGCUGAGGCAGCGGGCGGGCGGCGGCGGAGACCUGUGUCCGGCGGGCGGCGCGGCGGGCGAGCCCGAGAAGGGGCUCCUGCGCCUCCCUUGGCGUCCUGAAGGCGGAGCGAGGCUCGCCGGGAGCCGCUGCCCAGGAUGGUGUUCGAGUCGGUGGUGGUGGACGUUCUGAACCGCUUCCUGGGCGACUAUGUGGUGAACCUGGACAGCUCCCAGCUCUCGCUCGGCAUCUGGGGAGGAGCUGUAGCACUUAAGAAUCUUGAAAUAAAAGAAAAUGCACUGUAUCAGUUUGAUGUACCAUUUAAAGUUAAGGCAGGGCAUAUCGGUCAACUGAAUUUGCAAAUUCCAUGGAAAAAUCUUUAUACUCAACCAGUUGAAGCUGUUUUAGAUGAAGUUUUCUUACUUAUUGUGCCUACAGCCAGUAUUAAAUAUGAUGCAGAAAAAGAACUAAAGCAACAACUAGAAGCAAAGCAGAGAGAACUUCAAAGAAUAGAAGAUGCAAAGCAAAAGAUCGCUGACAUAAAUAAACCAGAAGAGAAGCAAGACACUUUCAUAGAAAAACUAAUUACUCAGGUCAUCAAAAAUCUUCAGCUGAAAAUUUCUAACAUCCAUAUUCGCUAUGAGGAUGAUAUUACAAACAAAGAUAUUCCGUUGUCAUUUGGUGUCUCACUUCAAAAUCUUAGUUUACAGACUUCAGAUCAAAACUGGAAUCCAUGUAUACAGGAUGCAUCUACUAAAUUGUUUUAUAAGCUCGUUCGAUUGGACAACUUUUUUGCAUAUUGGAAUGUGAAGUCUGAAAUGUUUUAUCAGGGUGGUUUUAAAGAAUCUUUGAGUAACUUAAAAAGUGGAGUUGCGGGCACUAACACGAUUCCAGAAGGCUACAGCUUUGUAUUCCGUCCAAUAUCAGCUAAAGCCAAGCUCCGUAUGAAUCCACGAUCUGAUGUUGACUUUUCUGCACCAAAACUAGAUCUAGAUGUGAAUCUUCAGGAUAUAGCCAUAGAACUUAAUAAACCACAGUAUUUCAGUAUUAUGGAGCUUCUUGAAUCAAUUGAUAUGAUGACUCGAAAUUUACCAUACAGGAAAUACAGGCCAGAUGUUCCUGUUCACAACAAUGCCAAAAAAUGGUGGAAGUACAUUAUAUUUGGCAUUCUUGAAGUAAAUGUCCAACCGAAGUUACAGAUGUGGUCUUGGGAACAUAUUCGUUACCAUAGGAAUAAAGUGAAGAGCUAUAGAGAUCUGUACAAAACAAAAAUAACAUCAAAGAAGCCUGUUGAGGAAUGUUUGAACAUGCUGGAAGAACUAGAGAAGACCUUGGACAUAUUCAACAUCACUCUGGCAAGACAACAGGCAGAAUUUGAGGCAACUAAGGCUGGAUUAAAGAUUUUCAAAGCAGGGGCUAAACAAGAUGAUGAAGACUCUGGUGGCUGGUUUAGUUGGAUGUGGGGUUGGACUGGAGGAAAAGGCAAAGAAUCCACACAAGAACCCAAAGGCAUUGAACAGCUUAUGACCCCACAAGAAAAGCAUAAGUUAUAUGCAGCAAUUGGUUACAGUGAAACAGCUGUUGAUCCAACAUUGCCCAAAACGUAUGAAGCCAUCAAACUUUAUGUAAAACUAUUAAGCAUGACUGUAUCAAUAAGGGAAAACAAUCAGAAACCUGAGCUGCUGAAACUUGCACUAAUUGAUCUGCGUACAGCAGUAACUCAACGACCUGGUGCUGAAGCAAUAAGAUUUGAAUCUAGUGUAAGUGCAUUUGAAGUUGAAGGCAUGGCUCGGGAAAAAACAGUACCUUGCUUACUGUCAUCUCACACAGUCCAUUCAGAGCACAAUGCAUCACUCUUCACCAUUAUGUUUGAGACCAAUCCCUUAGAUGAGACUGCCAAUCAAAAACUAAGAAUAGAGUCACAGCCUUUGGAAAUAAUAUAUGAUGCAAUGACUGUGAACAGCAUAGUAGAUUUCUUUCGACCUCCAAGUGAUGUUCAUUUAGAGCAACUAACAUCAGCAACUUUAACAAAGCUAGAAGAAUUUCGUGAAAAGACAGCAACAGGCUUAGUGUAUAUUAUAGAAACGCAGAAGGUUCUAGAUUUAAGAAUAAAUCUUAUGGCUUCUUAUAUCAUUGUACCACACGGUGGAUUCUAUGAACCAACAUCAAAUAAGUUACUUUUGGAUCUUGGUAACUUAAAGAUGACAAGUAAAAGUCGGUCUGACAUGUGCAAUAUCAAAAUUGGUGAAAACACUCUUGAAGAUAUUAUGUCAAGAGCAUAUGAUAUGUUUGACAUUCAGCUCAGCAGCAUACAACUUCUUUAUAGCAGACAUGAUGAAAACUGGGAGGAAGCUCGAAACUUACGAUCCUCAUCUCAGCAUAUCAUACAGCCUCUGGAUGUGAAAAUGGAACUGAGCAGAGCAAUGGUUGUAACAGAUGCAAGAAUGCCCAAGUACAAAAUGUUUGGUGAACUGCCACUACUGUCUUUCAGUAUCUCAGAUGAGAAAUUGAAAUGUAUUCUGGAUCUUAUUGAUAGUAUUCCUUUACCAGAAGCUCCUCCUGAAACUACUGCUACUACACAACCUCCCAAGCUUCAGGUAUCAUCACUGAUAACAACACCACAAAUGUCAACCUCUGUACUUCCAUUUCUAGAAUCUCUUUCGGUAGCUGGAUCAAGUGAAUCUGAAGAAGAAUUUUUUGAUGCCCCAAGCAGUCCUAUAGAAGACUGGCCAUUUUUUGAAGCUUCUUUGGGGUCCUCAAGUAGGCCUGGCAGCUUAAAGAAAAAGGCAGUGAGACGGGAAUCAUUGAAGAAUAUGAUUGAUUUCCAACUAAGAUUUGAAAUACCUGAGGUGUUCCUUCAAGUGUCUCGUUUUACUGAAGGUAUUGAAAAGCCAAUUCUUCGUUUGGAGAUUUAUAGUUUAGGCACUGAGCUUAAGCUAAGAACAUAUGAUAUGGCAGCCACUGCUUAUCUUAAAGAGAUUUGCUUAAUGUGUCCAGAAUACAUGGAUGAUAAAAAUAAGCCAGUUUACCUCAUUUCAACACUGGAUAAUUUAAUUGAUGAUCUUCUAGCCAUUGAAUAUGUAAAGGCAGAUAUUAAUUGCCCAGAUCUGAAAACUACUUAUAAGAAUGUGGUACAGCUCAUAAAGGUUACUUUUUCUUCUGUAGAUAUCCAUUUACACACAGAAGCACUUAUGAGUACCAUGAAUUUCCUAAAUAAUCUUCUUCCGAAACAAGAGACAAGUACAGUAGAGAUCGUCCAGGAAAAAGAAGAAAAGAAGGAAGUUCUUAAGAAACUUACUUCAAAAAAGUCAAAGUAUGAAGAUGUUUGUGAUCUCCAUGUUUGUGCAGACAUGUCCUGUUUACGCAUUUUUAUAAGAGAACAAAAAAGCUGGAUAUCUGAAAUCCGCAUUGAAGGUCUUGAUAGUGAGGUGAAGAUGAAGAAAGAAACAACUGAAGUAUCAGCAAACUUAAAGAAUAUCGUUAUUUUGGAUUGUGAUGAGGCAGCACUGCAUAAAAAGGCUCUGUAUAUUACAGGCAAAGAGGUCUUCAGUUUCAAAAUGGUGACGUACAUGUAUGCUACAAAUGACAUUUCGUAUACUGAUAUGGAAGCUGUUGACAGCCAGGUUUACUUAACUGUUGGAUGCAUUCAGAUUGUUUUUGUCAACAAAUUUGUCUCUGCUAUUUUGGCUUUUGCAAACAAUUUUCAGACAGCAAAGGAAGCAAUUACUGAAGCCACUGUUCAAGCUGCUGAGAAAGCAGCUACUGGUGUAAAGGAAUUGGCUCAACAAAGUUCCAGAAUGGCGCUGGACAUUAAUAUUAAAGCACCCGUUGUCAUAAUCCCACAGUCGGCAAUAUCUACUGAUGUUAUAGUUGCUGAUUUUGGGUUGAUCACCAUAAAGAAUGAAUUCCUUCUCAUUAAAACGUCACUACGAUAUAGUGUCCCACCUAUUCUUGAUUGUAUACAUGUGAAACUGAGUGACCUAAAGUUGUACAGAUCAAGUUGUAUAAGUGGUUUAUUGCAAAAUGAAAUACAGCUGCUGCAACCAUUAAAUCUUGAAGUUAGUGUUGAACGCAAUUUAGCCGCACUCUGGUAUCAUGAAAUUCCUGACAUUAAAAUAUUUGGACGUCUCAAGCCAAUGAAUCUGAUUCUGAGUCAGGAUGAUAUAACAACUAUCUUGAGAACACUGAAUGAAAAUUUAGGGGAUAGCUCUGGCCCUCCACCUCCUGUACCGGAAAAAAAAGAUGUACUAAGCAUCCAUAGUGGAACAGCAAGUGUUUCCCAGCAUUCUGGAGCUGGAGUAAGAAUAGUGACAUCUGCUGUUGUAGAAGCACGUUCCUCAGUUAAGACUAAAACAGUACUGAAACUGGACUUCCAGAUUGAUUCCCUGACUCUAGUUUUGUACAGUCCAAAUUCCAACCAGCAGCCUACAAAUCAGGGUGAACGAGAUGGUCAUUUGAAACUUGCAGAAUUUAAACUGUUGUUAAUAUCAGCGGCUGUCAAAAUGUUGUCAGAUGGGUCAAUGAAUGCCUCAGUCAAAUUAACAAACUGCACUUUAGAUGAUAAACGACAGACAGUCCAGAACGCUACACCAAGAAUGGUAGAAAUGAAGCGUGAAUCUGAAAAGAAAGUCAUGAUGGAUAUAUCUUAUAAGCAGGCGAGAGAUGGCAACACUGUUCUUGACACAUUUGUUAAUGAGACAUAUGUUUGUGCUAGCAUAGAAUUUCUUCUUACUGUUGCGGAUGUAUUUCUAAAUGCUACUGCUGAAAGUGCUGCUGCACAGAAAAACUUCAAGCAAACUUUGGCUGUGAAGGAACAAGUUUCUGUACAACCGGUAUCCACAAUGGAAAUAAAUGUCGUCGUUAAAAAUCCUGAGAUUGUAUUUGUGGCCGAUUUAACAAGAAGUGAUGCUCCUGCACUGGUGGCUACAGCACAGUGUGAAGUCUCCAUGAAAUAUGGCCCUGAAAUGUAUAAAAUGACUGCUGCUGUUAAAGACAUAAAGGUGAAAGCCUGCCCUUUUCUUCCAGAUAUGAGAAAGGGCAGUAUUACUACGAUAUUGCAGCCCUGUGACCUCUUCUUUGAGAUGAUACAGUCAGGUGGAGAUCCUCAGAAAGCUGAUCUAUCAAUUAAAUCCCUCACAAUUAAGGUGACGCCAAUUAUCUUAAAUACAGUAAUAACCAUUACAUCAGCACUCUUCCCAACAAAUGAGACUACAGAGAAAGACAUUAGUCCAGUACCUCCAGAUAUUUGGGAUCAGAAAAAUAUUAAAAAUCUAAAAAUGUGGUUUCUUGAAGAGUCAAGUGAAAAUAAAGAUCCUGCUUCUGUAAUUGAGUUGGUCCCCACAGGAGAGACUAUGAAAAUGAGAAUUGAAACUGUUGUCAUAACCCUUGAAGCUGGGGUUGGCCACAAAACAGUGCCAAUGCUAUUAGCAAAGUCAUCAUUUUCUGGAGAAGUUCGAAACUGGAGUAGUCUGAUCAAUCUCUCUUCUCGUCUUGAAUUAGAGGUACAUUAUUACAAUGAGAUGUUUGGUGUUUGGGAACCAUUGCUUGAACCACUGGAAGUUGAAAACACUGAUGAAUUCAGACCUUGGGUUCUAGAAUUGAAGAUGAAGAAGAAAGCCAAGAAAACUUUAGUUGAAUCAGUUGCUGAAGAAGAACAAUACAAAGUCCCAGAGUACAAGACAGUAAUAACUAUUUUUUCUCAAGAUCAGCUGAACAUUACAUUGUCCAAAUGUGGUCUACUAAUGUUGAGUAACCUCGGCACGGCAUUUGCAGAAGCAGCUUCACAAACUUCAGAAAUCUCCAAAAAAGACCAGGCCCCCUUUGUAUUAAUGAAUUCCUUAGGAGUCCCCACCACUGUCUUGCCUAGUGACUCCUUCAAUGUUCUUAAUGUUGACUCAAAGGGGAAUUCAUUUCAUCUUGAAGAUGGGCAAAGUCUAAGUAUGGAGUAUGUCAGAACUAAAAGUGAUCAAGACCAGUUUACAGCAAUGACUACCCUAAGCAGCAGAGUAUUCUACAUCUGGCUCACUCCUCAGAACCACUCCACUACAGAAAAGAUUCCUCUGACAAAAGUGGGACGAAGUCUUUACAGAGUAAGACACAAUGACUCUGGUGUUGUGAGAUCUGUAGUUUGCCAAAUUGACACCACUGAGGGGAGCAAGAUGAUAACAGUGCAUUCUCCUAUUCAGAUAAAGAAUCAUUUUUCAAUUCCCUUGAGAAUAUUUGAAGAUGGAAAAUGUUUAGGAAUGGCUCUACCAGAGGAUGAAUUUAACAUACCAUUGACCUCUUACAGAGCGCUACUGUUUCUUCGACCAGUAGCUGAUGAAGGCGGAACUUCCGGAGAGUAUGCAUCAAGUGAAGGAGUUAGCUUUGAUGAAAUGGUGAAGAAUUUUGGCAAAGUGUUGCAGAAGAAAUGUCAGCCUACAAAAUCACCUAACCACCCACUCAUCAUCAAUAUUGUUCCAAUGCAAGAUACUCUGAUAUCUUCAGUUUGUAUAGAUGAUCAGUGGGAUUUACCAUAUGUUGUUCAUUUAUGGCCUUCUGUUCUUCUCCGCAAUCUUCUUCCAUAUCAGAUUGCUUAUUCCUUAGAGGGACACAGUACAGCCUGCCAUACUCUAGAAAAUGGAUGUUCAACUCAGAUUCAUAACGCAGUAUUAGAUCAGAGCAAGCUGCAAUUACGUUUACUUAAUUAUCUUGGUAAAAAUUGGACUGCUGAAUACUACAUUCGAAUGAAUCAGCAAGAAAUUAGUUUCAUCACAUUCUCAUGCAUCACUGACGUUGACAGGACAGAACUGGAUAUUGCUGUGCACAUAACCUAUGCCACGGGACAAGUGAUUAUAGCAAUUCACAGUCCAUACUGGAUGGUAAAUAAGACUGGUCGAAUGUUGCAGUACAAAGCUGAUGGCAUUCAUCGCAAACAUCCACCUGAUUACAAGAUGCCACUUCUUUUUUCUUUCCAACCAAAACACUUUUACCAUAACAACAAGGUUCAGCUUAUGGUGACAGACAGUGAACUUUCUGAUCACUUUUCUCUGGAUACUGUUGGCAGUCAUGGUUUCGUUAAAUGUAAGGGCAACAUAAACGAUUACCAAGUUGGUGUCACUAUACAUAACAGCAGUUUCAACAUCACUAGAAUAGUGACUUUCACGCCUUUUUUUAUGAUCACAAACAGAAGUAUGCAUACUUUAGAAGUAGCUGAAGAGGACAGUGAAAAGUGGAUACCAAUAAUUUCCCAGCAGUGCACUCCUUUUUGGCCUGAAAAAAAUGAAAGCAAGUUACGUGUUAGAGUAGAACAUUCUGACAUUCCACCAAAAAUUAUACGGUUUGAUAAGCAAGAAAAUUGUUUGCUGCUACAUUUAGACAACAGGCUUGGAGGCAUUAUUGUGGAUGUUACACCAGCUGAACAUUCAACAGCAAUUACAUUCUCUAAUUAUCAUGAUGGUGCAGCUCCCUUCCUGAUAAUUAACCAUACCAAAGAAGAAAUUAUUGAAUACGGGCAAAGUUCUCACUAUGCAAUGGAAGAUGUUCUGUCCCCUAAUAAAGCAGUUCUGUACACAUGGGCUGAUCCUGUAGGGUCUAGAAUAUUGAAAUGGAAAUGUGGAAAGAGCAAUGGGGAAGUAACUCAGAAAGAUGACUUGAUGACACCUAUCCAAGUGGGAAGCAAAACUAUUUAUUUAGUUUCAUUUUUUGAAGGCUUGCAGCGAAUUAUUCUGUUCACUCAAGAUGAAAAAGUUUUCAAACUAACAUAUGAAAGUGAAAAAGCUGAACUGGCAGAACAAGAAAUCAUUAUAUCAUUACAAGAUGUUGGGAUUUCUUUAGUAAAUAACUAUUCAAAACAGGAAGUAGGCUACAUUGGCAUCACAAGUUCUGAUAUAAUUUGGGAAACGAAACCUAAAAAAAAGUCGAGAUGGAGGCCACUGAGUUUGAAACAAACUGAAAUGCUGGAGAAAGAAUUUAAUGACUACUGUGAUCACUCACCCACAGAAAAUAAAAUAGUGGAGCUGGAUGAUAAUACUCCGGUCUGCUUGACACCUACUGGUAAUAACAUGAAAAUGCUUCAACCAAAUGAAGUCCCUGUGAGAAGAAGCUUCUUGCCAGCUUUAAAAGUGCAAUAUAGUACAUCUGAACAUCAGUCAUCCUUCAGAGUCCAGAUUUAUAGAAUACAAAUACAAAACCAGAUUCCUGGAGCCAUAUUUCCCUUUGUGUUCUAUCCUAUUAAACCUCCCAAGUCCAUCUCCUUGGAUUCAGAACCCAAACCCUUUACUGAUGUCAGUAUUGUCAUGAGAACUGCAGGGCAUUCUCAAAUAUCACGUAUAAAGUAUUUUAAGGUCCUAAUUCAAGAGAUGGAUCUCAGAUUAGAUCUUGGGUUUCUUUAUGCAUUGGCUGAAUUCUUUACACUUGCAGACGAGGUGCCCAAAGAUCAAGAGAUAGAACUCUUCAAAAAGGAUGUAGAAUCUGUACAUGAGGAAUUGAAGAAUAUAUCAUCAACAGAUACAUCACAAAUCAGCCUAUAUGAAUAUUUUCAUAUUUCUCCAAUCAAGUUACACUUAAGUUUUUCACUUAGCACUCCUGGAGACGAUAGCAACAAGGAAGAGACUCGCAAGGAGCUAAUUCCAGUUCAGUCCUUAAACCUCUUGUUAAAGAGUAUUGGGGCCACACUCACAGAUGUGCAGGAUGUUGUUCUUAAAUUGGCAUUCUUUGAGCUCAACUACCACUUUUGUACUACAGAGCAACUGCAGUGGGCUGUAGUUAUGCAUUAUUCAAAGCAGGCUAUUAAGCAAAUGUAUGUUCUUAUUCUUGGACUGGAUGUUUUGGGCAAUCCAUUUGGAUUCAUAAGAGACUUGUCUGAAGGAGUUGAAGCAUUCUUCUAUGAACCUUACCAGGGGGCUAUCCAGGGUCCAGAAGAGUUUGUAGAAGGAAUGGCACUGGGUCUUAAAGCCCUAGUUGGUGGUGCUGUUGGUGGAUUAGCUGGUGCUGCAUCAAGAAUAACUGGUGCUAUGGCUAAAGGAGUAGCAGCAAUAACUAUGGAUGAAGACUAUCAGCAGAAGCGAAGGGAAGCCAUGAAUAGGCAGCCUGCUGGCCUGAAAGAGGGUAUCACUCGUGGUGGAAAAGGCUUGGUAUCUGGUUUUGUCAGUGGAAUAACAGGAAUAGUAACAAAGCCAAUAAGAGGAGCCCAGAAAGAAGGAGCAACAGGUUUCUUCAAAGGCGUUGGGAAAGGAUUAGUGGGAGCUGUAGCAAGACCCACUGGAGGAAUAAUAGAUAUGGCUAGCAGCACCUUUCAGGGAAUUAAAAGAGCUACAAACGCUUCCGAAGAUGUUAUGAGCUUGCGUCCUCCCCGCUUCUUUGGUGAGGAUGGAGUCAUUCGACCAUACAGAUUAAGAGAUGGUGCUGGAAGUCAAAUGUUACAGAAUAUUGAAAAUGGAAGAUUUGCCAAACUGAGAUACUUUACACAUGCAAUGGUUAAUAGUACAGAUUUACUAAUGGUAACAAAGAGUGGCAUAUUAUUUGUGACAAGAGGUACAUUUGGACAGUUGACAUGUGAAUGGCAGUACACCUAUGAUGAAUUUACCAAGGAGCCAUUCAUUGUUGAUGGACGGAGGUUGCGCAUUGAAGCAAAGGAACGAGUAAAGUCUGUAUUCCAUGCCAAAGAAUUUGGAAAAAUUAUUAAUUUUAAAACGCCAGAUGAUGCUAAGUGGGUUCUCUCAAAACUGGAAGAAGUGAGGGAGAACCAUCCAAAAUUGUGACCAUUUGUGCAAGAUUCCAAGAUGGACAAAACAGAGAGUGCCAAAUUCAACAUUUUGAUUGAAGCUUAGCAUGUGACAUUGCUAAGACUAUGAAGGGGAUUGUUGAUGUCUUCUACAUAGCCAGAGUAGAAAAAAAUCUGCCAUGGUCAGUGUCAUUUAAACUGUUCUAGAGCUGAGAACCUCUGCCAAAUUGUGGCUUACUGAGCUUUUUAUUUAUAAAUAAUACAGAGUUACUUAUAUCAGGAGUAAAAAUGAUGUUUUCAUGCAUAUUCUGUCACAUGAUUUAAAAAGACUAAGUCUAGAUUAAUCUUGUGAUUUUAUGUGAUAAUCAGGGUUCCCCCACCAUCUAAGCUUUAUUUCUCCUGUCAUCGGGAUUUUAAUUAAUAUGCUAUAAUUGCCACAUUACAUGUUAAUAUAAUGUAAUUCACUGAAAUUCUUCAGGGAAAGACUGAUUUAACCAGCAAUGCUCUUAUAUUAUGAAUGAUCUUGCUGAUCUGUUUAUUCAAGAAGCCUUUUUAUUUACCAAUAUAUAUAUCAUGAGGUUAUUUAGUUUUUUUAAUACAAAUAAACAGUUUGUGGUACUGUAAUAUUAUUUUUAACACUCACUUUUUAUAUGAUGCAAAAAAUUAGCAAGGUGUUCUGGUACCUCAUGAUGAUGAUGGGUAGAUGUACACAGAUAAACAUGAAUUAUUGAAAUGAUAACCUAGGCAGGGAUGUGUCUUUGCAGCAGUGCUUUGAAUGGCAUGAUCUUUACUUUCAGUACAUAAAAUUUUCAGCAAAGUCAUCGAAACCUUCUAAAGAUCAUGUUUUGAAAUGGUAUAUAAACCUAAGGAACACUCUUGAAUGAAAAACUGUUUUGAGUGAGGGGAAUCUAAAUUUCAUGCUCAUGCUGAAUGCAUUGUCAUUAAUUUUAAAAAAUUGAGAACAUUCAUUAACUUUGGUUUGCAUCCAACUGUUUUUCUUAGAAUAGACCCACUGAAUUUCAUGGACGUAAAUUAGGCAAGUCUCUUAAUUUCAGUGGGUCUGCUCAGAGUAUGACGUGGGAAUACAACCCAUUUCAGCAUUUAAACCCAGAACAAUUCAUAACAUCUUUUUAGUUCUGCAUGAAAACAACAAGAUUUCAGUAUGUGGAGGGUUGCAUACACAUUUCUUUUAAUUUGAUUUUGCUAGGCUAUACAAUAAUGCCUAUAAAUGCACAUGUAGAUGAAGAAAUCACAUCAUAAAAGGGAAAAGAAUGCAAAUGUAUGUAAGUGUAUUGCCUAAUCCAGAUUUGACUUGUUUGAUGCAUGUAGUAAAUGUCUGCUCCAGAAUAUUCUUUCCAAACUCUUGUUUGGAGGAUUGAGGUGAAAGAGAUUGGCCCUCCUGAAUUUGCUGGUGGUACUUAAACUCCUCAAACUGUAGCUUUGUUGUAAAAGCUAAAUAAAGUAAAUGGCAUGCCAAAUGUAAUUGUAUGUAUUUAUAUAAAAGUCUUGCUUGCUCCAUUAUGUAACCACCUGAGGUGCUUAAAGGAAUACAUUGCAGUCUUCCCCAUAACAUUUUAUUUCUUGCUAUACAAAAUGUAUAUUGAAUUAAUGGUUACUGGAUAUGCCAAAAUAUAACUUGUGUUGUGUCUCAAGAACAUGAACAAACUCUUUCCAGAUUCAUUGGUUUAACUGACACUCAUAUCAUACUUGAGCAUUGACACUUUGAGUUGUGGCCUUAAGCUGCAGACCAACCAUACAGAUCACGCCUUCUAAAUGUGUACAAUAAAGAGUGCGAUGCCUCCUAGGCUGCUUACACA